GCGAGAGCCGAGCGGAGGGCGGGGCCCGGCUGAGGACCGCCCCCCUCCGGUAACGGACCUCGCCCCGCCCCGCACGCGGAGGGAAGAUGGCGGCGCCCAGCGCGGCGGGGCUGAGCCGGCGGCUACGGGCCUGGCUGCCCCGGCUGACGCAGGUGAGGUGGAGUCGCUACAACCCCAGUUUCUUAGAGCCAGAAGUGAACAAGGAAUUGUAUCAGAAACCUCCGGAGGAGCUGUCUGAGGAGGAAAAGGAAAAAAUGGAGCUUAAGGCUGUUCGGCCCAUAAAAGCGGCUCCUCCCACUCUCUCCAGCUCUGUGUUCAGCGACCCUAUGAUCAGUAAAUUCACCAAUAUGAUGAUGAGGGAUGGAAAUAAAGUGCUGGCCAGAAGCCUCAUGGCUCAGACUCUAGAGGCCAUUAAGAGGAAGCAGCUGGAGAAGUACCACAAAGCUCCAGAAGAUGAGAAGGAGACAAUUGAAUGCAACCCUUACGUCAUUUUCCACCAGGCUCUGAAAAACUGCCAGCCCAUCAUUGGGCUCAGCAGCAUCACAAAAGGAGGCAAAACCUACCAGGUCCCGGUCCCGCUGAAGGACAAUCGGAAGCGCUUCCUGGCCAUGAAGUGGUUAAUCACCGAGUGCAGGGAGAACAAGAACCGCCGGAUGCUGAUGCCUGAGAAGCUCUCCCAGGAGCUGCUCCAGGCCUUCAACAACGAAGGGCCCAUCAUCAAGAAGAAGCAUGUGCUGCACAAGAUGGCAGAGGCCAACCGGGCUUACGCCCACUUCCGCUGGUGGUAGGGACUCUGGGCACGGGACGCGACGCCCCCAUCCCCACGGCAUGGUGAGCAGAGCCCCAGGGCCACCCACGUGGGAGAAGCAGGGGAGAAGAGGGAAAGGUGGAAGGUCCCUUCCAGACAGCUUCUGAACGGAGCCAGGGACAGCCCAUCUGAUCCCCACAAAGUUCAUUUCCUUUGGGCUUGUUUGGAAAGGGGAAUCUGAAAGCGUUACUGACCCCUGCACGGACGAUCUAGUUACUUCAUAAUCACUUUCCUGUGAAGAGAAGCCUUAGAUUUUUUUCUUAGAGCAAUGCUGUACAAAAUAAUCUUCCACUUACCCGUUUCCAGUGUCUCUGCUCCUGUAAUCAGCAAUGGUUUUCCCUUUUUGGCUGCACAGCUAAGAGCAGAGCUGGAUUUUUUUCCAUACCAUAACCAGCCUUAGUGUCAUUGGUACAAAAGGCCCUUUUUGAUUUUUGGUUCUGACCAUCAGCUACAUUGUCUGCACAGAUUUGAUGGGGUUGUUAACAGAAAAAAAAUAAAACCAGUUUUAUGGAGAAGGUUUCUUGAUUCCAAA